AUGCAAUUUUCCACUUUAAUCUUCAUUUUCACGAUUUUCGCAUCGGUUUUGGCAGUGGAGCAUGGCGAAAUUCAAUAUCACCGAAUCGUGAAGCGACAGUUCAACUUUGGCCAAUGGGGACGUAACAUGGGACAACGCGGCGAGAAUUAUGGACGUGCAUGGGGAAAACAAUGGUGAUAAUCAGAUAAUGAGGUUACUGUAGUUUUUUUUGUAUCUUCAAUGAAGAUUUUUAUCCAGUUU